AUGUCCCUUCGGCGUCUAGGCGAUGGACUCAUCGGUCGCAUCAUUGAGUCGUUGGCCAUCGAGGACGUUGCAAUGCUCAUGCGCGUGAGCCGCAAAUUCCACGGCCUUGCUCGGCCAACUCUCGAAGAUAAGUGCAAACUGUUGUGUGUCGUCGAGUACUUGCCUGUGUUGCUAGCUACGUACCGCUUGCAAAGCCCAGUCCCACCCACAUGGGCUGCCUUGUAUCGCAAGUUUGCUUGCCUGAAUGGUUUUAAGUGGGUGCCUUGGUCCCCCACGGUGUCGACUUCCCUGUCCAAGCUCGGCAUCGAUCGAUUUGAAUAUGCCGUCGAUGGGGCUACACAUCAUCUAACACGGUGUGGGGGCCAUUAUCGCUUUGAAGUAUGGGCCCUGGCACUGUCCGAGAUAACCCUUGCCUUGGAUAGUACUACAAGUACAGUAGCCGACGUGGACGCGACGCUCCAUUUCAACGGGUGGACAAACUUGAAAGCCAGAGGAGAGGAGCCUUCCCCUCGACGACACCACUCUGUCACAUACCUUCCAAAUGUGCAUGGCAUCAAGAGACUGCUCGUCUUUGGUGGACACGCAGAGAGAUUUCCCUUCCAGUCGUUCAACGAUGUGCACAUCUGCCUCAUCCAGCACGGGCCUCUGGAUGAUGGCAGGCCCGUAGAAGCAGCUGUCGGCACCCUUCGAAUGGGUCCGACGUGGUUUGAACCAGAGAUAUCCGGCCAAGCCCCAUUGCCUCGAAGUGGCCAUCUAACAACGCUCAUUACACGAGAGGUUGUAGCCAUUUCGGGUGGAAGUCACGGGGCGACGCCGAUAUCCGAAUUUCAAGUCCACUUGCUACAUAUCGAUGACCAAGGGUUUUGCUCGUUUCGAUGGUCCACACCAACUUGUGCCAGCUAUUGUCCCCGCGGACGUUCGUUUCAUUCGAUGUAUCGGUUAUCCACAUGCUCGUACCUCGUUUAUGGCGGGAAACAGGUUGGCGAAUCCAAGGGCCUGUACGAUGUACAUCACGUGCAGAUCAACGUGCUCCAAAACUCUUGCACUUGGUCCCGACCGCCUCUCCAAGGCGACGAUGUUCUCACCAGUCGCCGAGGUCAUUCCGUGACUCCCAUCGGACCAAAGUUGCUGGUAUUUGGGGCCCAAGUAGACCAGAACGACCACACUCCCGAUAACGCAACGUUCAUCUUUGCCCCAAAGCAGAUGCGCUGGCAUCGCCUGGAUGGAGACAGCCCUUGCGGACGGCGUGGACAUACUGGGCAGUAA